AUGUAAAAGGUUCCGGUGUCAUUUUGUCCACUCCGGACUCGUUUUGGUGACGGACUGAACACUGAAGCUGCAGAAAUCCAAACCUCACAUUGCACCAGUUGAAGCUGAAAUCUGCCAGAAGAUGGGAGAGAAACCAGUGAGAGUAUUGGCAUGUGGGGACGUUGAAGGCCGUCUGACCGCCCUCUUCAAUCGAGUCCAGACCAUCCAGAAGAAGACGGGACAGUUUGAUCUGCUGUUCUGUGUUGGAGAGUUUUUUGGGACCACACCAGAGGCUGAAGCAGAGUGGCUGCAGUACAAGAGUGGAGCCAAGAAAGCUCCCAUCCACACCUACAUCCUCGGGGCGGCGAGUCAGGUGACGGUGAAGCAUUUCGGCAGCGCUGACGGCUGCGAGCUGGCAGAAAACAUCACAUACCUCGGUCGGCGAGGUGUGUUCACAGGAGUGUCUGGUUUACAGAUCGCCUACGUCAGCGGUCAGGAGGCCCAGCAGGAACCGGCCCCGGCUCACUGCUUCACAUCCAAAGAUCUGUCGGCCCUCGUGGCCCCGCUGACCAGCAGCUCCAAGUUCAGAGGCGUGGACAUCCUGCUGACGUCCCAGUGGCCCCGAGGCGUGUGGCACUACGGGAACGCCCCGGAAGUGAACACAAAGGCGUGUGGGAGCAGCUCCGUCGCUAACCUGGCAGACAAACUGAAGCCGCGGUACCACUUUGCUGCUGUAGAGGGCGCUCACUAUGAACGACUCCCAUACAGGAAUCACGUCAUCCUCCAGGAGAACGCUCAACAUGUGAGCCGCUUCAUCGCCCUGGCAACCGUCAACAACCCCGCAAAGAAGAAGUACUUGUACGCCUUCAACAUAAUCCCCAUGAAGACCAUGGACCCUUCAGAGCUCGUGAAGCAGCCGCAGGACGUGACCGAGAACCCGUACAGACACCCGUCCAAGGACAAGACGGACAAACUGAAGACCAGCUUCGGCAUCACGGAGGAGGAGGAGCCCGCAGGUCAGUUCUUCUUCGACCUGAGUCAGAAGCAGGGCGGAGGUUUUAGGGGUCGAGGCAGGAAGAGAUACUCAGACGGAGACAACAGAGGACAGGAGCACCAGGGUGACCGAGAAGGACCUCAUCAUCAUCAUCAGGGGAACAAACACCCGAGGAGACACCCUCAGCCCACCGGUCCCUGCUGGUUCUGUCUGGCGAGCCCUCAGGUGGAGAAGCACCUGGUCGUCAGCAUCGGGUCACACUGUUACCUGGCCAUGGCUAAAGGCGGCCUGACCCCUCAGCACAUGCUCAUCCUGCCCAUCGGUCACUACCAGUCCGUGGUGGAUCUGAGCUCCGAGGUGGUGGAGGAGAUGGAGAAGUACAAGUCCGCUCUGACGAGCUUCUACAAGAGCCGAGGGGAGCGCUGCGUCCUGUUUGAGAGGAACUACAGGAGCCAGCACCUCCAGCUGCAGGUGGUCCCGGUGCCCCUGGACCGCUGCGCCACAGGGGACAUCAAGGAGGCGUUCAUGGUCCAGGCUCAGGAGCAGCAGAUGGAGCUGAUGGAGAUCCCCGAACACACCGACCUCAAACAGAUUGCUCCUCCAGGGACACCGUACUUCUACGUGGAGCUGGACUCAGGAGAGAAACUUUAUUACCGCAUCCAGAAACAUUUCCCUCUGCAGUUUGGAAGGGAGGUCCUGGCCAGCGAAGCGGUGCUGAACAUCCCGACUCGAGCUGACUGGAAGGAGUGUAAACAGACCCGAGAGGAAGAGGAGGAGGGCUCCAAACAGCUGAGGGACCAGUUCCAGCCGUACGACUUCGCCUUGGAGGACUAACACACACACACACACACACACACACACACACACACACACACAUCUUUUAUUUCUACUUCUUCUUCUGUAAAGUCUUAGAUGAAUCCACCUUACAGAAGACCAGAAGAAGAAAACGUCUCGGUUACCGUUCAGUUCACACGAAGCUGCAGCUGUUAGCUUAGCUUAGCACAAAGACUGGAAACAGGUGGAAACUGCUAGCCUGUCUCUAACCAAAGCAGACAAAAUCCACUUAUAAAUGCAGCAGUCUGUUUAUGAUUUACCUUACUGAGACCAGCACAGACUACAGGACCGUACUGGGACAGUCUGACCCACACCAGCAGUUCCUCCUCUUUGUUAUAACAUGUUUAUUAAUGAGCUUUAAAAGGUGGAUUCUUCUUCUCUGGACUGUUUCCUCUUUAUUUUAAGCUAAUCUGAACAAACCAGCUGAUAGCUCCAGUUAAAGACUUGAAGUCUGACUCUUUCCCUGAAUACACCUGGAACCUUCUCUUUAAGUGAGGAUCACAAGAAGCCUUCGUUUGAGCGUCUACUUUCAAAAUAAGAUGAUUUUGUUCUUUAUAAAUCUGAAGUUUAGAUUUAAAGGUUUUGUUGGAAUGUUUAAGUUGUUGUAAGAACAUUUAUGAGUUCCUGUAUUUAAAGUUCGGAGGAUAUAAAGAUCGUUUCAGUUCGUAUUGAUCUUUACAAAGUUUGUGCAGCUGCUUUAUAAACUCCUUCAAAAUAAAAGCCCGCCCAGACUGCGCUCUCGACAUGUUCGGGGGAAUAGGUUUUUAAAUGUACUUCUUUGUAUUUUGUAAAUGAACUACAAUUAAAUGUCUUUUUAGGA